AUGGCUAAUAGAAAACUACAAAAGUAAGUAACCACUAAGUUAUUUAGAGAGUUAUUUAGAGAGUACUAACAGUGUAGGGAAAUUGAUAUCAUAUUUAAACGAGUUCAAGAAGGCUUAAAAGACUUCAAUUAUCAUUAUGAACGUUAUGAAAGUUUACAAAAUGUUGAAGAUGAUUCUGAUUUACAACGAGAACGGGAAAAACUUUCAAAUGAUUUAAAAAAAGAAAUAAAGAAAUUGCAGAAGUAUAGAGAACAAAUUAAACAUUGGUUAUCAAAUGAUGCUGUAAAUACUUUGGGGCCAGUUGGUACAUCUUACAGUCAGAAAUUAUUGGAAAAUAAAUCAUUAGUUGAAGAUGCCAUGGAAACUUAUAAAAUUGUUGAAAAACAAACUAAAUUAAAGAGUUUUUCAAAUCAAAGUAUAAUGAUGAAUAUGUUAGAUUCAAGAAAAGAAGAUUCAGAAAGUGAUGAUAGUGAAUCUGAAGACUAUCCUCCAGAAGCAUUAGAUGUUAUAUUACUUUUAAAAGAUUUAUUAAUACAAUUAGAUGAAUCUACAGAGAAAUUUGAACAUGAACAUGAAAAAAUAGCUUCAAAGAAAAUUAGAAAGAAUAAUAUAGCUACAAUAGAAGCAAAGAAAGAGAAAAUACAAAGUAAUAUAGUGAAUAAUAACUAUCAUAAGAAAAUGAUAAAGAAAUUAAUCAAAUUAUUAAAAUCAAGUUUAAUAUCAGAUUACAGUUUAAUUUACGUCCUUAAAGAUGAAUUAGAAAAAUAUUUUCAAGAUGAAGAUUAUGAUGUUAAAGAUUAUUAUGAUGAUAUUAUAAAUCCAACAGAACAUGUAACACCCAAAGAAUCUCCAAUUUCAUCACCUGCAAUAAUUAAAACUUUAAAACCAGCUACAACUCCAGUAAAACCAGUUACUAAUUGGUCAGCAUCAGUUGCAAUACCUCCAAAAACUAAAAUAGAUUCCAUACAUUAUAAAAAUAUAAUUAAAUCAUCAUCAUUAUCAAAAACUGAAACAAAUUUAUUUUCAGAUUUAAAUUUAGUUAGAGUUCCACCAGGAAUACAAGAUUUAGUUAUAUCAUUUGCAUCAAAACGAAAUAAUGAUGAAUUUAAAAUUUUAAUAGAUGAUGAAUCAAAUAAAUUUAAUCAAUUUUUAUCACCAUUACAUAAACCAUACUUACCUGAAAUUGUGCAACCAAAUUAUUAUUUUCAAUUUACGAAUUUUAAUUUUAAACAUCCUACACAAUUAAUUAAAUUUCAAAAUUAUUGGAAUGAAGUUAGAUCAAAUUUUCAAUUUGAUAAAUUGGAACAAGAAAUAAAAGAAACUCAAGAUUUAAUAUUUGUAUUUUUUUAUGGAUUUUAUUAUGGAUUAACUCCAGCUGAGAAUUUAAUUGCAGAAAAUUAUUUAUUCAGAUUAGGUUGGAAACCUUAUAAUGUCGAUAAUAAAAAAUUAUAUUAUUGGUUUAAAAAUAUAAAACAAGAUAAAUCAACUACACAAUUUGAAAUUGGUGAUUAUCAAGUAUUUGAUUUAAAUUUCUGGGAAAUAUUUAUUAAAUAUAAUUUUAAAUUUGAUUAUUCGUUAGCACAAUUAAAACCAUCGAAAAGUUUAAUUUAG